AGGGUGCAAUAGGCCAAAGACUAGUAAAAGAAAAGGCACGAAUGGCGCGUUUUAGUUCCUUACGCGAGUAUCGCUUUAUACAGUCGGAGUUUCGUAAUCCUUCCAUCUAUAUUCUUUUCGCUAUUUUUUUCUUCCAGUUUGUUUAUUGCGCUGCUCUUUCAUUAUUUUAUGUCCGUCACUUGACUAUGUACAUACGACGUAGAAUAAAGGUAUGAAAUAAUAAGAGAGAGGAGCACGAAAAGACAAAUGGGGAAAGGGAACGAAAAGACAUAAAGGAAGAGAUAUGAAAGUUUGACUAUGUAUGUACUUAUGAAAGUAGUUUCUAAUUGGAUCGAUCAAAAAUUUCGAGAAAAGAAACAACGAUGUUAUAUUAGGCCUAAAAACUUUUGACUGAUCAGCCUCACGGUCUUCCGCUUGUUACGUAUGUGUUUUAUAUUGAUAUAUAUACAUAUUUUAAAAUAAAUAUCGGUACUCUCUUCAACUAUUUUGUCUUUAAGCUAUUUACUCUUUUUUUUUACCCUUCACACGAAUGCGAGCGCUAUUUAAUUGUGUGAUAUUACGCGAAUGACAGUUCUUGAAAUUUGACAGUCAACUUUAAUUCCGCUUCGUUUAUGAAAUAAUAGCUUAAUACAACUGAAUACAACUCGCGCGUUAUUUGCAACAACUAGAGAGUUUAACUUAAACAAAUUUAUGGCGACUAAUUUGUUGAUAAAUCCUGUAAAACUACGCUUUUAUUUAGAAAGAUACAGAAAGGAGAAUAAAUUGACAAAUGUGCAAGAAACGUUUGUGCCUACUACUUAUAUAAAAUCAUUAACUGGCAAAUUUUAUGCGAAGCACGAUGUUUUCUCUCUGUCAGACGUUAGAGAAGACGAUAUCAACUUGAUUAAACGACAGAUGGAGAUGAUACCCAAAGACAUCUAUUCGUUCAAACCGCCGACAGUAAAUAUGGAAUACGGUUGGUUCACUGCAUCGCUUAUACCCAUUUCGAAAGAUCCAAGAUUACGCUUCUCCAGAAAACAAUCAGAUUUUGUCACGAAUGAACUCUUACGUCGAAAACUACAAAGAGGUCUUUCGGAAAAACGAUUUUCUGGCGUGCCGUUUAGAACAUAAAUGUUUGACAGAUAUCUCAAACAAAUUAAAAA